AGAAAACGAGGGAGGGGCGCAGCAGUGUGCUGGGUCUGUGAGGCCCUCGGCCGGCGAGGUGUUGCGCCCUUCCUGCCAUGGAGGGGGUGGCGGCCGGCGGGGUUUUUAUAUUUUUCCCGAAUGGAAACGACGGGCGCCGCUGCUCGUCAGGCGAUUGCGCUGGUUCCUGAAGUUCUUGAGCGACUGUGGAGCGGGGCCAUCGGGGGGCACAUUGUUGGCGCACCAGCGCCCGGAGGGCGACGCGGGCCGCCGUUGUGGAUAUGGGUGACGGAGUGGGCGGGCUAUCGGUCCGGCCAGUCUGGCGGCAGGCUCGCUGACCCGGAGAGGGAGCCGACGGAGGUCCGGGCGGAGGUUUCUCCGGCGUCGUGCCACCAGCUGGACACGAAAAACGCACACCCGGGAAAGAAGCCGCCGGCGGGCCCCCUGGUCAGUCUGCCUGCCUUUCGUAGCGAGGGAGCGAGGCGCGUCAGCGGCCGGCGCAGUUUGUGCACCCAUCGGCGCCGGUAG